UUUAAUUAAAUCAUUCAUAAAAAUAAUAAAAAAAUAAAAAAAUAGAUCAUUCAUUCACAAAGGAAGGCUAGGAAGUUAGUUAUAGCACCCAUUCCCUCCUCUUUCCAUUCUCCUAACCAUUAAUAUAAAAAUAUCUUUUCAUUCUCUUAUGCAUCCCUCCUCAAUAAUCUUCGGUUCCUACGUUCGUUCAUUAACACAAAACACAAUAUGGCACCGGCAAAAACGCUGAAUUCUCUUGUUGAGGAAAAGAGUAUUGAGUCUCGUUUUGUUCGUGACGAAGACGAGCGUCCAAAGGUCGCUUACAACGAAUUCAGCAACGAUAUUCCAGUUAUUUCACUUGCUGGAUUGGAAGAGGAGGAUGGGCGCAGAGGAGAGAUAUGCAAGAAGAUUGUGGAGGCCUUUGAGGAGUGGGGUAUUUUCCAGAUUGUUGAUCAUGGCGUCGACACCAAACUCGUGUCGGAGAUGACUCGUCUCGCCAAAGAAUUCUUCGCUUUGCCACCCGAAGAGAAGCUUCGCUUUGACAUGACCGGUGGCAAGAAGGGAGGUUUCUUAGUCUCCAGCCACCUUCAAGGAGAAGCGGUGCAGGAUUGGAGAGAGAUAGUGAUAUAUUUUUCACAGCCAAUGAAAAGCAGGGACUAUACGAGGUGGCCGGAGAAGCCAGAAGGGUGGAGAAAGGUGACGGAGGAGUACAGCGACAACCUCAUGGCUUUGGCAUGCAAGUUGUUGGAGGUGUUGUCUGAGGCUAUGGGAUUGGAUAAAGAAGCAGUGAGGAAGGCGAGUGUGGAUAUGGACCAGAAGAUUGUGGUCAAUUUCUACCCGAAAUGCCCUCAACCGGAGCUCACACUCGGAGUGAAGCGUCACACUGACCCGGGCACCAUCACCCUUCUGCUUCAAGACCUGGUUGGUGGUCUUCAAGCUACAAGAGAUAAUGGCAACACUUGGAUUACGGUUCAACCCAUUGAGGGAGCUUUUGUCGUCAACCUUGGAGAUCAUGGUCAUUAUCUGAGUAAUGGAAGGUUCAAGAAUGCUGAUCACCAAGCAGUGGUGAACUCAAGCUGCAGCCGUGUAUCCAUAGCCACAUUCCAAAACCCAGCACAAGAGGCAAUUGUGUAUCCGCUCAAAGUUGAAGAGGGAGGCAAGCCUGUGCUUGAAGAACCAAUCUCAUUCGCCGAGAUGUACAGAAGGAAGAUGAACAAGGACCUUGAGAUUGCUAGGCUCAAAAAGUUGGCCAGGGAGAAGAAGCAGUUGCAGGACUUGGAUAAGGUCAAACUAGAGUCCAAGCCUCUUGAUGAGAUUCUUGCCUAAUUAAGUCCAAUACUAUAUAUUAUUGCAUGUCUUUUAAUUUUUGCAUGCUCAUCAAACAUUUGCCUAAGUCUUAGGACCUGAUCGAUGAUAGGAUAUGUGUAAAAGUCUUAAGUGUUACAUAUAUAAUCACCUGUAUAUACAUGAAAAUUAA